CCCUAAAAUUUUUAUAGUCCUUCGGUAUAUAUACAUAUAUACCCUCAGGGAUAGUUCACUUUGAUUCUGCAAUUCUUUCACGCUUGAUUGUUUGUCAGAUCAGAUCACUAGUAGAAAGAGGCAGACGAUACAAAAACCAAUACACAAAAAAACACUAGUGGCUCUGAUGCCAUACAUCACAUGAGUAUAAGCAAUUAAUUCUAAGUGCUUCAGUGUUUAUGCCACAAAAUUAAACAGACACCGAAAAUUAAAUAUAUAUAUUUUUAACUAUCGAAGCUGUCCAAUAACAUCAUUUGCCAAAAAAUUGUACUAUGUGUCCACCACUAGCGCUUGACCCCACGCCAAUCGGGGAGCUGUUUAGUCGAUCCGGUGCGAAGAUAAUCUUAAUCGGGGAAGUGAUUUCGGUGCUCGGUGCGGUGGUAUCGGUAAUCGGUGCCUUUCCCGAUAAUCAAUGAAUAUGCUGCCCAAUGAUGAAACAACGGGUCAAAUUUUUAACAGUGUUGCUGAAGCGGUGCUAUAUUAUAUUAUUGCAGCACCGAUUAUAGCACCGUUCCGCACCGAACUUCCCCGAUUCAUUUCUAUCGGGCAAGCUUAGCGAUGUACCCGAUUAGAAUGUGAUCGGGAACGAGCCCUAUCCACCACCAUGUGUGUGCUUAAGUGUGUGAAAAGAAAGCUCGAAUACACGUCCACUUGAGAAAGUCGAAAACAUCGUGCGGUCUAACCAUAUAAAUUAAAUUUUGUUAAAAGAAAAAAAUCUAAUUGGCAAUUCCAAGCUACAUUAUGCCACAAUUUUUUGAAAUAAAAAAAUUUAUCUUGAUGUUGUAUAAGGGGAAGAAAACAGAUACCUUGCUUGUAGGCCAAAAAGACAUGUUUUGUAAUUCUUAUGAAGAUGACGCAUUUAUCUCAUUUUACGAUCCUGAUAUAAACAUCAAUUGGAAGGGGGUGGCUAAGCAUACUAAAGGCAAUAUUCCCACGGGAGAAAUUAAAGUGAGACUUCUUCUAAGCAACGACAGCAAGGAAUACUUGGAAAGUAUUUCUCAAUUGUUUAACACCAAGAAAAUGACCCUGGAUGCCAUUGUCAAGUUGCAUCCGGCAAAUGAUUACCAGAGAAGAUCAACAAAUAAAAAGGAAGAAAGUUUUCACGCAGCCAAUGCAAACCCUGACAUUGCUGAAAAUCCUGAAGAAAGAAACUACGACAAAGAUGUCAAAGAUGACGAUGACGAAGACGAAGACAACAAGAAAGUUGCAAGUAAACCGGUUACGAAAGACUAAAACCAAAAGCUACUCCCAAUCAACCAACGCAGCACUGUGCGAAAGCGACAGGCACCAUGUAGACUUAGCCUUGAAGUAUCUCAAACCAAUGAUUAUGAGGAUUUGAACAUAAGCAAAAAGGCCAAGACAACUAGUAAAGAAAAGAAAGAAAAUAUGAGUGUAGCCCACAAGACAGCUUUUGAUCGUAUAGGGGAGAACGGGGCAACUUGGCUCACUUUUCUGUUAGAUGCGUCUCAAGCCUUUACUUUUCAUUAAAAUGAGACAAACUUAUAUUCAUAAUAUUAAUUAAUAUCUUAUCUAUAAAAUGUCUUAAGACAAGAAAUACAAUAAAUAAUGCGAUCAUGAUGAAAAAAAAUGUUUUAUUGGGACACCUUAAAUGGGCAACUUACCCCGUCUCCGGGGCAGGUUGCCCAUACCAACGGGGCAAGUUUCUCCAAGUAAUUUCACAUUAGCACACGAAACACACAUGCACUGUAUCUAUCCAACACUGCUGGAAGAAUAGUCAGCGCCACACUCAAUGCCGAUUUCGUCUUU